GAGUACCAGACGGCUCCUAUUCGCGCUUUAAGAGGGCUUUUACCCGGAGUCUUUAUUUCUCCUCUUCCUUGUUUCAGUUCAAUCAAAUUCCGAGCUUUCGAACUCGUUUCUUUGCAGUUCCGUGCGGAAAUCCUCUUCUAGGGUUUGUGCUGAGGGCUUCCUGCGAAUUCCCACGAAAUUGUUCUCCUAGAUUUUCGUCUACCGUCGUUCGCCUUCGGCCAUGGAAGCUGAAAAGGCGAAGCUUUACGUGGGAGGCAUCUCGAGGGAGACGGGCGAGGCGGCGCUGCGAGAGCACUUCGGCAAGUACGGCGGCGUCUCGCACGCGGUCGUCCCGAAGGAUCGAGACACGGGGAGCCCCAGAAGCUUCGCCUUCGUCUGGUUCUUCGACCCGGCUUCGGCGAAGGCCGCCCUCGGGGACAAAGAGCACGUCAUUCUCGGGAAGAAGGUGCUGGUGAGGGAGGCAAACAGAACAGAGCACCACCCAAACCGGCAAGAAGUCCGCCUCGGCCAAAACCAUUGUUGCAGGACGUGUGGGAACAGUCUCAAUGGCAAUAACACUAACACGCGCUUUAGGAGUAGAAAGAUAUUCGUUGGGGGCUUACCAACUAGCUUGACCGAGAACGAGUUCAAGACCUUUUUCGAGAGGUUCGGCAAGACCACGGAUGUGGUGAUAAUGCACGACCCCUACCGGCGGCCUAGGGGUUUCGGUUUUGUCACUUUUACAUCGGAGGAAACGGCUGAGGAUGUGAUGAAGAACAACUUUUAUGAGAUUCAUGGCAGGUUGGUGGAGGUCAAGAGGGCUAUUCCAAAGGAAGCACGCAACUUCUGCUAUGAUGGUUGUGAAGUGAAUGGUCACACAGGGAGAGGACAGGAUUAUCGCAAUUACUGGCCACUUUAUUGUCCCGUGUAUGCAACUCCAUACGGGUCAUUCCAUGGGUAUGGCCAUUUUUCGAGUUAUCACAAAUUCGGAUGGGGUUCCUAUGGAGCCGGUGCAUACUCUGUUUCUCAUGCAGUUCAUUUUAGUGGUUCUGGACCUGCCUACACGGAUAAUAUGCUUGGAUACUAUGGAAUGCCAAUUCCCAUGUACAAUGGGUUCGUGCAGAAUGGAUUUGAUACAGUGACGAGUCAAGCUGGAUGUGUUGAGAAUGCGUCCAAUGCACCAGCACUGCCGCGGAUUGAGGAGUUGAAGCUCACUGAUUGCAUCGAUGGCGAGGCAGAAACAUCAGCACUGCCGGGCAUCAAGGGAUUGAAGCUCAAGGAUAAUGGUUCAGAAUCAGACGGCGGAAGCAGUGAUGCGACCCCCCAAGACGAUGAUCACUGACACUCGAUCUUGUGAAAAUGUUUCUGUACAUUCCCACUCCCUGGACUUCCUCUGACAAAUUUGACUAUCAUUGAAUGUUUAAUCACUUAAUUAAUUGGACACAGUGCAAUGUGCAUAAGCAUUUUCUCGUUUCCUUUUUCAGAACCUUGAGCCAACCGCUUCCUCCUUAA